GAGACAAAAUGUAACGUAAUGCAACGUAACUGAUAACUCAUAAAGAGUGGUUGAACUGGACAAAUCAAAUGGCAUAUUUUUUACAACAACAUCAUCACCCAAAAAUAAGAAUAAUUGUCGGUGUUUCAAAACCACACCUUUUUCAAAAUGUCUGCUAUUGCACACUUCCGGUUGUGUGCUUUUCUUCUGAAGAAAAUAAGCGUGUUUCCGGUAUGUCACGCAUCCCGUUCGGUCUAACUCGCCCGCGUUCGGGGGCGAAGCAGGAGCGGACGGAGCGGCGUUGUCUCCAACCACCACCACCCCCCCCACGCCCCCCACCACCACAAUGCGGCGGUGAAGUGGCGGAGGUGGCGAGCCAGGGAGCUCGGACGGAGGCUCCCCCCCACCCCGCCCACACCCGACCUCCGCCCCCUUCUCCGGAUCAUCCGCGAUGUCGAACCGUAAGCACCGGGACAACCAGGAGAUCUGCGCACGCAAGGUCCGGGAGCUGGCCCGGUCCGGAGUAAACAAACACUGCUUCGAGUGCAACCAGCCCGGGGUGACGUACACGGACGUGGCCGUGGGCACCUUCGUGUGCACGUCGUGCUCCGGAAUGCUGAGAGGCCUCAACCCUCCGCACAGAGUCAAGUCCAUCUCCAUGACGACCUUCUCCCAACAGGAAGUGGAAUUCCUCCAAAACCACGGCAACGAGGUCGGCAGGAGGACGUGGCUGUGCGCCUUUGACCCCAAGACGGACGGCUGCGCCGACAUGAAGGACUCGCAGAAGUUCAAAGAGUUCCUGCAGGACAAAUACGAGAAGAAGAAGUGGCAUUUUUCCAAAAGCAAGAACCGAAGAGAUGCGGAGGGACCUUGGAGCCCGGGCGUCCAGAGCGUCCUCGUUCACGGACCGCUGGCCGGCCAGCCCCUUCAUAACGUGCCCGCCGGCGCCCGGUCCGCCAGGACGCCGGUGAGCGCUUCUGCCCGUCGACUGUCACGCCGCGUAAUACCGACCCGCCGCGCUUUUCAUACAUUUCCGUCGCCGCAGUCCCAGACGACGCAGUGGGAUCGAGCCGCGGCCGCCGACGCGUUGGCCGCGCGGCCCUCGCGCUCCCAAAGCUUCCGGGAUGCCCCGCCCAAAGACCAGAACGCCUGCGGGAUUGAGAGACAGCGGCCGGGCUCGCUGUCUUCUGCUCGCCCUCCUUCCUUCCCCGCCCUCCCCCGACCUUCAGCGAGUAGCUCUUUCAAAAAACACUUCACGUUAGGUCGCGCCGCGUCAACCUCGGGCUCCGCGGGGCCCUUCAGAGCCUUCCCCAAAUCUCUCAGUUUGGACUUCGGGGCGCUGAAGACGCCGAAGCCUCCUCUUCCUCAGUCUCUGUCCCAGCAGCAGACCACUGCCAACGCCCAGGACAGGUACGCCGCGGUGUCCCACCUGGACAGCGUCUUCUCUGAAACAGCGCCACCUGCCGGGCCUCCGCAGUACAGCGCCCUGUUUGGCAGCCGGCUCUCUUCCGGCUCCACUCCCGCCCGCUCUCCAGGUGCCGAGACAUUGUCCACCUCGCAAACAUUUGCAAAUUUCCCCAACCCAUUCAGCUCCGCUUCCCAGCAGCCCGCUGCGCUCUCCCCGAGUAAUCCUUUCAGCAGCUCCCCAGGAGGCGCCGGCGCGUUCGUCACCUCCCCCGCUUCGGUGUUCCCGCCGCCCGGCUCGCUUACCCAAGAGGCCGCCGGCAACCAGGAAGCCAACGGCUUCGCCGCCUUCCCUGCGUGCGACUCCCAGCCCAAAGUCCCCCGGCCCAUGUCGGUCAACCCUUUUACAGGGAACGUUUACCCCAGUCGGGGCACGUCACGAAACCCUUUCAUUUGACGAAGCCUCCCCGCCAUUAAUGGUGACGACAACUAGGAGUUGUCGUCACCAUUUCAACGCCUCUGGAGUAUUUUCAACCUCUCAGGGAGGGUGAGACCCUCCGUUCCUCCUCCUCCCAAUGUCCUCUUAUUUAUGUCUGUGUUUACUUGCGUGUGCGUGUAAAAAAAAAAAAAAAAAAAAGAAAAAAGCCUGAAUGCAAUUAUGACCUCCUCUUGUGAGAUCUAUUUUAAAGCCUCAAGCGUUUUGUUUUUGUUUAGUUUGCAGAAAUAUACACUCAAAGUGCUGCUACUUUGCUUUCAUCCUCCCGCUUUAAAAGAAAAAGAAACAUAAUGAGAGCUAUACAUCAGUAGUUCUGCUUUUUCAAUCUGUUUGCCAAAAUGGAAAUUCGACCCCCCCAGUGUUAGUUUUCAAAGACGGAUCGCCGCCUUCUUCAAGCCUCCCGGUGCAUGCGCCGAUGUAUGGAAACGAGCGAGAAAUGUUUGUUGCUGUUUUUUCUCCUUCCUUGUUACUGCCGGGCUGCAUGAGCUUUGAGGGCUAAAAAAAAAAAAAAAAGCUACUGAAUGUAAAAAAAAAAAAAAAAGCAAUUCCAGAAUAAUUUAUAAUAAUGUAUCAGACGACAGUGCUUCUUAUACUGGACCAAAAUUGUUUUUGUUUUUUCUUCUUUCUUACACGGGGUUGUGAAGUUUGUUGAGUGGACGUUAAAGAUUUGUGUAACCACAUCUUUGUGAUGGCAAGUAUUCAUAAAAUCAGUUUGAUGCUUUACUGCUACGUGUAAGAAGAAUUCCCCCCCCCCCCCCAGAAAAUAAAAGCAGUUUUCCACCAACAUGA